AUGAAGGUUUCUCAAUCUUUCGUCGUUGUGUCUCUUUCUGUGGCUGCGCAAACUCAACUGAGCAUGGCCACUCCGGUACCAGAUGCCGGUGACCUGAGUUUUGAUUCGCCGCUCGUCAGCGAAGCUGUCCUUACCGAAGAACUUCCAACCCGCCUAGUUCCCAAAGGAUUCGGCAAACGUGCCCACCCAUCUUUGUUAUCACUUAACCCUCGCGCGCGGGCAGUCUCCCUGAGUUUGAACUCCAAUGGACGCGUGAAUCAACGCGCCCACGCCCAGGCAGACCGCUCAAAGCUUCAAAAUUCCAUUCACAUCGGUGAUGGUAACAUUCUCAACGCCAGCUUGGGCGCACAUCGACCUCUCCAUCCUCUCCUGUCAUCCGACGAGCAUGGUCUACGAACGAGCCUCCUGGAUUUGUCUCUCAAAAUGAAGCGGUCUGCUGAUGAGCCAUCAAUCCCGGGUAUCAUCCAGGUGGUAACUGGAGAUGUUAACAAGCCAGUAUCCGACACCUUAUCGAACCUGCCCGGCGUGGUAAACGAUUUGUCAGCAUUGAAGAAAGUCCUGCCUGUGGAACCCGGGGUAACCAAGCAGCUUACAGGAAUACUCGGUGCACGUGCUCUUCCGACGGAAGCCGCACCGGCCUUAUCGGCCCUUCCGCUAUCUAGCCUUCCGCUAUCCAGCCUUCCACUAUCCAGCCUUCCACUAUCCAGCCUUCCACUAUCCAGUCUUCCGCUUUCCGGUCUUCCGCUGUCCGGUCUCCCGCUUUCCAGCCUUCCCCUUGUCAGUGAGCUGUCUAAAAGCUUGCCUGCAGGCAGCCCUUUGUCUGCACUUCCUGUCGCCGCCCCCUCAACUGGACUUCCUAUCGUGGGCUCCCUUCCUAUCUUGGGCUCAAUCCUCAGUGCUCGCUCCGAGCUAGCCGAUCCUUCAAUGGCCGUGCUUGGAGGAUUGAGCCCGCCUGAGUCUCUUCCAACAAACCAUUUCAACCCUGAUUUACUCAGCGCGUCGGAUAUCAUGGCAGCCGGCGGGGCAUUUCCCAUCCAACCGUCGCACUCUCUCGACGGCCAGACGCUCCCGAACGAGCCGAGUAUUCCGAAUUUCUCCCAGCUGUUUGCGGAUGCCCAGGCUAUCCAAUCCAGCGGUGGCGCGGUUUCCCCCGACGCCGUGCUUCGUAGUGUCAAAGCGCCCAAGAAGCACAAAGGCUCAAAAAGUCAUCAUGAAGACAAGACCGAUGAUGACAGCUCAAAGGAUGAAAGCUCGAAAGGCAAUCAUGAAGACGCGGAAGAUGAGGAUAGCUCAAAGGCCCAUCAUGAAGACAAGGAAGUCACCGACAGCCCAAAGUCCCAAACUCAAGACAAGGAAGAUGACGAGGCUGCCCUCAUGAAGAAACUCCUUGAGAAGCUUAACGUCAAGGCUCUUGUCCCAGCACCCUCCGUCACAACCAUCGAGGCUCAGGUGCCAGCCGUCCAGGCCGUCGAUGCCAAGGCUACCGACCUCACAUCCAACCAGCUCCCCGACACACUCUCCCCUCUCACCAAAAAAAUCCCGAAGACUCUCAAGACCCCUCUAGAUGACUCUCAGGAAGAUGACAUCGAUUAUAUCCCCGGACCUAAACUCCAUCGAACACGUACCGUCAUCAACUUUCCUCAUCGGAAAUAA